AGAAGUUUCUUUUCCAGACUACGAAGUCUGCAUGAAGGAUUUGGUGUCCGGGGAAGCUGACAGAUCCAAGAGGCUGCAGAAGUUUUCAGGAGCUCUGAGAGGCUGUAAACUUACCACCUCCAAAAUCAUGUUGGUGUCAAACGUGGUUCUCCUGUGCCUACUGGCCACUGUGAGUGCGGACAAAACCCUCAGCAGCCAUGCCUCCAUCCUGGCUGACAACAGUGCCAAUUUGGCCUUCAACCUGUACCAAAACCUGGCAAAAGAGAAGGACAUCGAGAACAUCCUGAUUUCUCCCGUGGUUGUGGCCUCCUCGCUGGGUUUGGUGGCUCUUGGAGGGAAAUCCAACACUGCUUCUCAGGUCAAAACCGUCCUGAGCGCCACUACGGUGAAGGAUGAGCAGCUACACUCUGGGCUGUCUGAGCUUCUCACCGAGGUCAGUAACUCAACAGCACGCAAUGUCACCUGGAAGAUCAGCAACCGUUUGUAUGGGCCCAGCUCUGUGAGCUUCGUCGACGACUUUCUGAAGAGCAGCAGGAAGCAUUAUAAUUACGAGCACUCCAAAAUAAAUUUCCGUGACAAGCGCAGUGCGGUGAAAGCAAUCAAUGAAUGGGCAUCGAAGUCCACCGACGGCAAGCUGCCCGAGGUGACCAAAGAUGUGGAGAAGACAGAUGGAGCCAUGAUCAUCAAUGCCAUGUUUUAUAAACCACACUGGGAUGAGCAGUUUCAUCAUAAGAUGGUGGAUAAUCGUGUUUUCUUAGUGCAUCGCUCCUAUACCAUCUCUGUACCCAUGAUGCAUCGCACAGGCAUUUAUGGCUUCUUUGACGACACAACCAACAACCUUUUACUUCUGGACAUGCCACUGGCCCAUAAGAUGUCGUCUGUGGUGUUUAUCAUGCCGUACCACGUAGAAUCCCUGGAGAGAGUGGAGAAACUAUUGACACGCCAACAACUGAACACCUGGAUCAGUAAAAUGGAACAGAGGGCGGUUGCGGUGUCACUGCCAAAGGUCAGCGUGGAGGUCAGCCACAACCUGCAGAAACAUCUCGCUGAACUGGGUCUGACUGAAGCUGUGGACAAGGCCAAAGCUGAUCUGUCCAACAUCUCAGGGAAGAAAGACCUCUAUCUGUCCAACGUGUUUCAUGCCUCCGCCAUGGAGUGGGACACUGAGGGAAAUCCACCCGAUAUUAGCGUCUAUGGUACCGACAAGCUUAAGAACCCCAAACUCUUCUACGCUGACCAUCCCUUCAUCUUCCUGGUGAAGGACAAGAAGACAAACUCCAUCCUUUUCAUGGGCAGGCUUGUCCGACCGAAGGGUGAUAAAAUGAGGGAUGAAUUGUAAUUUUUUUCAUUUAAAUGUGAUUGUAUGUGGUUAAUGAGUGUGUAUGUGUGUGUGUGUGUGUGUGUGUGUGUGUGCAGAUUUAUGGAUGUGUGUAAAUGGUACACCUGAGUUCGUUCCAUUAGAUCUGGGGACAACCAUGUGCUAUCCGUUACGUAUACUUUGACAAUUAACAUUUAGGUGCCUCAUAAUGUUUUUUGUUAUAAAAAAAUGCAAGUGUACUUGACAAAGUAUCGUAAAUUCA